GGGGCAAUAGAUGCAUGAUCAGUUGGAGAGUACGCCUGUCCUCGCAGUGUUCCGCCCUCAUGAACUUCUGGAGAUAGGAACCCCGCUGCAAACAUACGCUGCUUCAUACAUCUACCGCUUCGGUCUCCGGCCAUCGUCUCGCCUCUUGUUUUUUUUUUAGAGUGGUCGUUAAGGAAUUAAUGAUCCGAAAGCACCACCGUACCUCUCCAUAAAUUAAUUCGGCGUUUGCAGUACAUGCUUUACACCUGGACUUCCAUUGCGUGUGGAGAGCUCACACUUUCUUUUGUCGUAUUUACUUUUCUCGAGGAUACUACCUGUACCCCUACUGAUGGAACAGGGUCACUCCAACGCUCUCAAGCAGCCCCCCAGCACCACGUAACAUUUCCUUGAGGAACGCGUCCAUUGCUGGCUCCCAACAAACAUGGACUGUUUUCCCAUGCUUUAUUUUCUGUCGAGACAUCAUGAUUCCUGGUAAUCGAAUGCUGAUGGUUAUUUUAUUAUGCCAAGUCCUGCUGGGAGAGAGCAACCAUGCUAGUCUGAUACCUGAGGAAGGGAAGAAGAAAGCCCCGGGCCUGCAGAGCCGGACUGCUGGUCAGAGCCAUGAACUGCUGCGGGACUUUGAGGCCACGCUGCUGCACAUGUUUGGGCUGCAGAGGCGACCGCGGCCCAGCCGCUCGGCCACCGUGCCACGCUACCUACUGGACCUCUACCGACUGCAGUCGGGUGAGGCCGAGGAGGCCGGUGCCCAUGAUGCCGCCUUUGAGUACCCCGAGAGGUCGGCUAGCCGCGCCAACACCGUGAGGGGCUUCCACCACGAAGAGCACAUGGAGCGGGUUCAUCCGGAGGAUCUUCAGACGAAGAAUGGCGAGGUCGCCCCACUGCGCUUCCUCUUCAAUCUCAGCAGCAUCCCAGAGGACGAGCUGCUCUCGUCGGCCGAGCUGCGUCUGUUCCGGCAGGAGAUCGACGAGGCCAUUUCGGGGAGCGGGGGGGACAAGGAGGGGCUCCACCGGAUAAACGUGUACGAGGUUCUGAAGCCCCCGCGGGCCGGGCAGCUAAUCACGCGGCUCUUGGACACGCGGCUGGUUCGCCAUAACGCCUCGCGCUGGGAGAGCUUCGACGUGAGCCCCGCCGUGCUGCGUUGGACACGGGAGCGCUUGCCCAACCACGGGCUGGCUGUGGAGGUCCAGCACCUCAACCAGACACCGCGCCACCAGGGCCGCCACGUGCGCAUCAGCCGCUCACUGCACCAGGAACCCGGGGAGGACUGGGAGCAGCUACGCCCCCUGUUGGUCACCUUCGGCCACGACGGCAAGGGCCACCCGUUGACGCGCCGGGCCAAGCGCAGCCCAAAGCAGCGGGGGCGUAAGCGCAACCGCAACUGCCGCCGUCACGCGCUGUACGUGGACUUCAGCGAUGUGGGCUGGAAUGACUGGAUAGUGGCGCCGCCAGGGUACCAGGCAUACUACUGCCAUGGGGAAUGUCCCUUCCCCCUGGCAGACCACCUGAACUCUACCAACCAUGCCAUCGUGCAGACGUUGGUGAACUCGGUGAACACCAACAUUCCCAAGGCCUGCUGCGUGCCCACGGAGCUCAGUGCCAUCUCCAUGCUCUACCUGGACGAACACGACAAGGUAGUCCUAAAAAACUACCAGGAAAUGGUAGUGGAAGGAUGCGGUUGCCGCUAACACUGACUAUGGGCAACUUUAGGCAGGCAGCACAGACGCUAAGAAAAGACCCCACUUUACUCCCAAAAAUGUUCACUUGGACCUUUUAUUUAUAACUUUUAUGUUGCGAUGUAUGUUUGUCUAAUUUUUUGGUUUCCUUGACAAUAUGAUCAUAUAUUUUGACAAAAUAUAUAUAUAUAUUUAUAUCUACAUAUAAAAGUGAGUCCUUAUUUUAAACAUAAAUAAAAAGCUGUACAACUUUUCAUAAUGUAUAUUAGAUUGUAUAAGGUUUUUAAAAUGAGAAAAUAGUAUAAAAAAAAUUACAAAAAUUAAAAAAAGUUUAUUUACUGGUAAUAUUUAUUGCGUUUAUAUUAUAUACAUUUAAAAUAAAAAAUUCAAACAAAUUGCCUUCCAAUAUUACAUUUGAGCAGAUCACAAGAAGCUCAAAUUGUGUACUUAAAUAGAGCACUGUGUGAAAUUAUCACAGCACUGAUUUGUUAUGAAUCAAUCGAAGUAAUCAGAAAUGUGCAUUGAUUUUAAUUCACCUCUUUACAUAGAUCUUUAAACUAAUGAUUUUAUUAGAUAAGUCCCUUGAGUAAGAAUUACAUUUUUUAUGUAUAACUGUAAAAAUCUAUCAGAUAAUAUGGGUAUUGAAAAGUUGACAGCAAAGGUCCAUGACUGUUUUGAGUUUGUAUUUAACACAUUUGGGCCUGAUACUUUUGAAAAUGUACUCAAGUAAUUGUUGCAAUUCAUUAAAACAGAGGAAUCUUUCUGAUGCUCAGUCUCUCCCAAAUAAAAUAAUGUUCGGUCUGGCAUUAUCCAACUCUGAUUGAUUCACACUUGAGGAAAGGACUUUAGUAAUUUCUCAACAUAGCUGUUUUGUAAGAUGAAGAUCACCUUUUGACAUUUAUAAGCAUAAAUAAUAAUGUAACCAUUAGAGACCAAACAGACCUAGGCAUGGGAUACUUGGGGAUAGGCUACACCAUGCUCAAAUUUCACUUUUAUGUCAAUUAGUUUGUGGGGUGGUUUGACACUCGCUAAUCCAAUUGCCAUCUGGGCGGAUAGUUGAAAUUGAUUGUUGGAGACAGUUGAAAAGUGAUCCAAAUGUUUCAGACGGUUUAGCGUUCGGGGCACGACUGUGGACGAUGGGUCAUACACUGACACAUGGUGAUACCCGUUCUCGGGAGAAUCAAAGGUUAGACCGUCUGUCUCCAUCCUUUGUCUUCGGCGGCUCAUGCCGACAGAAUAAAGACGCCCGUCUCCAACUUGUGCCCCAUUAGACAAUGUACUUCUACAUCACUUAUUUACAAUCGGAUGACUGCACCAAAUUAUGUGAUAAGGUUUGGAGCGGGGAGUCCUUUGAACUUUUCAGGACAUCCCACUGUAUGUAGCAUUCCCCCCAUGUCCCUGCACGAGCUUUGUAUAGGCUAGGGGACAUGUCGUAAGAUAAAUACAUUUGGCAUUAUUGGAGAAAUUAUAUUUUUCAUCUUCCCUUGGAAAUGUUUUAGGCCUGCGUGCUUGGAAAGAGUAGAAGGCAUACUUUUCUUCCCCCAAUGCACAACAGACUCAGAAAAAGCAAUGUCUCCAAUCCGCACCAAAUGCAUCACCACGGGAGUCACACAAACCCAAACAAGCCUUUUUGCCAUGGUUGAGGUCAGCUGGUUGUUUCUGAAGGGUUUGACCUAAAAAAAUCUAAGGAUUUUCAAUUAACCUCCCAAUUGCUAAAGUAAUGCAAAUUAAUGUGCCAAUAUUUUUUAGAUCACAGGUUGACUGACGGGUGGAAUUAUGUGGUAGACUUGUCUAUAUUCCAAUGGAAUGUGUGUGGCAUGGUUUUGUUGGUGUUAUUUAGUCUUUCCAUCUGAGACCAUGAUUUCUGCUCACCUCAGAGAAGUUUACCACAGUCAACCUCAGGCUCUCGGACAGCUGUUGGGCUUGCCUUUGAUGCCCGCAUAUCAGGCGUAGCCUCGUCAAAAAGAGAGGCUGAAAAUAAUUUCAUUUUGAAGUGGCUGAAGGCAGAGGGGAGUUCUUCUUUUUAGCAGCUUGACAGCGCAGUUACACACAUUUCAACUGAUCUCCUGAGUUUAGAUAACAUCAGCAAUUUAUGGUAAUUGUCUGCCUGGUCAUUAUCCCACCUACACUGUUAAAAUGAAGUGCUUUGUAACACCAAAACUUGUGGUAACUGAGCUGCCACCAACUUGAAGGAGAUGAAACCUGAACUGCUGGAGUAUUGAAACACAUCAUCCUGAGAUGAUUCGAAACUUACAUGGUGUGUUGUAACACCACAAAAUCAUCAAGUGUUGUGUAACACCUUGCUAGGGACUGGGAGCACUAACAGAAACUAUUGAAAACAUUAUUUUGGUUAUUCAAGUCCUGUUUAGUGCAGAAUUAGAUACCUUCUCUAUUGGUGUUGUUUUUUUCUCUCUAAAGCUUCGAAACACCAUUAUGAUGUUUUGAAUUCUGUCUAGUGCAGAAUUUGAUCCCUUUUUCUUAAGUGUCAUAAUGUAUACCAUUGUUUUAUGUAUUUUAUAAGUGGACAUUUUACAUAAUUUUGUCAGGCAUUGUCAAACAGUUUUCAAACCACCAGCACAAACAGGCAGGUGUUCUGUAAAAAUGUAAGAUUCUUACCUUACCUCUUCUCUUAAUAACCAUGACAUUCUGUGGGAAUUCUCUGCUGUCCUCAUUGAAUGUCAAUUUGUCUAACGGUUUUGAUAUUCAUUCAUUAUGAUCCAUUACACGUCAUUGCACAACAAGCUUAAUACUAAUAUAUAAAUAUACUUUUCUAUCUUCAAACUUCAUAUACUGUGUGAAAAAUUCAUAAAGUCCAAUUUUUGGGAAUUACCCACAAUCCUCUAAAAACAGAGUCACUUGGAAAGAUAGGAAAUGCAAGGUAAUUAAAACCAAAGACUUCCAAUCACCACAUUUUCUCUCUUCGGUUAUCCUCAUGAAAGAUAUUUACAUUUUGAGCAACAUAUUCAGUUGGAUUUAUUCUUACAUUAAUUUGGUCAAAUUGAAUUAACAAAUAGUUUAAGCAACUUACAUACAUUUAUUUUAAAGAUAUUUUGAAUCUUUAUUGAGACAGUUCUGAAAUGACAGAGGGGAUACAGAUACGUGGGAGAAACAGAUUGAAGAGUUGGAGAGGGGAAUUGAAACCCAGUCUUCAGUGGGGAGAGGGGGGGACUAAGCCAGGUGAGUUGUCGCUAGACCACAGGCUCUGGACUACUUGCAUUCAUUUUGAUUAAGUAUAUGUUGUUGUUGUUUUGUCACUUUCAAUUCAACCCAUAAUAAUUUCUUACAGUGUGGCUGUGUGGUUGAGUGGGUAAAAUUCCAACGAAAUGUACCAUCUUAUUGCCCCCUUGUUUCCAAUCUGUCUAAAUAAAGCGUUGAAAAAAUGAAGGUGGAAUUCCACAAAAAAUAUUCUCCAUAGUCCCUUAUCAUCAAUCAAUAUUUAGGCUAUAAACCAUUUGCAUUUAUAAACCAUUGAUUGUAUGAGAAA